CCCAAAACAUCCUCCACGAUCUCGGACGACGAUAUAAUUGGCUUCUAAAGAACAGAGUUCGAGUGAUUAGCUCUAUUUUUCGAGCAUUGAUUGGGCUGAAAUAACGUGCAUUGAGAGUUACGGCAUUGAUUGUUGAGGUACUUGGUAACAGGCGCAGUCUCGUGACUUUCUGCGAAUUUCUAAAGUUCGAAACAAGUUGAAGGAUCAAAAAAAGAACACAUCUAGUCAUGGCUAAAGACAAGAAAAAGAAGGGCGAUAAGGCAGCUGUGAAAGCCGCCAAAGCAGCAAAGAAUGAAAAGAAGGCAGGGAAGAAAGAGAAGAAAGUGACGAGCAAAGCCCAAGAGAUGGAUUCAGACGACGAUUCUAUGGACCUUGAUGCCGUACUAGCACAAUAUGCUAAGGAGCAAGAACAAUACCAUGCCAUUACAGAGAUUACCUGCGAACCUCCAUCGGCCAGGACAUCGUCGACAAUCAUCGCAAAUCCCGCGAACGAGAAUGAAUUGCUCUUCUACGGCGGCGAAUACUUCAAUGGAGCGACGGCCCAAUUCUAUAACGAUCUUUUCGUAUACAACAUCAAGCAGGAUUCCUGGAAAAAGGUGACGAGUCCAAAUUCACCCCUUCCGCGAUCAGGCCAUGCGUGGUGUCGAGCGGCAAACACCAAGGACAUAUACCUAUUCGGCGGCGAGUUUAGUUCGCCUAAACAAGGCACAUUUUAUCACUACAAUGACUUCUGGCGUUUGGAUCCAACGAGUCGUGAGUGGACGCGUGUAGAAACUAAGGGCAAGGCAGCCGGACCUCCUGCCCGCAGUGGGCACCGAAUGGUUGCUUUCAAACAAUAUAUCAUCCUGUUCGGCGGCUUCCAGGACACCUCUGCAACGACCAAAUAUCUGAAUGAUGUCUGGAUUUAUGAUUGCACAAACUUUGCGUGGCACACUCCGAAAUUGCAGUCGGCGCGAGCCGUGCCAGAUGCGCGAUCCAGCUUCACAUUCUUGCCACAUGAUCAAGGUGCGGUGUUGUAUGGUGGAUAUUCCCGAGUAAAGGCAGCGGCAGCCAUGAACAAACAACAACAGGUAAAGGGGAAGAAGUCGAGCGGAGGCGGAGGUUCCUCACGCACCGUUCUCAAACCAAAGGUCCACGAAGACACAUGGUUCUUCCGCCUCACACCCCCACCAAGCGACGCGCCUGCAGCCACUCUUCCAACAGUCUCAUGGGAGCGCAGGAAGCGGCCCGCGAAUCCCCCUAAUCCUCCUCGAGCUGGGGCUACAAUGGCGUACCACAAAGGCCGUGGAAUUAUGUUUGGCGGCGUUCACGAUGUGGAAGAGAGUGAAGAAGGAAUUGAUUCGGAGUUCUUCAAUCAACUAUUCGUGUGGAACAUUGAGCGGAAUCGAUACAUGCCACUUACUAUCCGUCGGCCUAAAGCCAAUGCCGCCAAACGAGCAGCACAACAAGCCAACGUGUCCCGGAGAGGUCGAGGAAAGGCCGAUGAAGAGGAAUUGCUUGCAAAUCUCAAAGCACUCGAGAUGAAGGCUGGGGGGAAUGCGGCGGAUGAUUCAGAUGAGGAGGCGAAGAAGGAUGAAGAUGACGAAGAACCAGAAGAAGCUCGCCCUGAAAAGCCACGCCAUUUUGAAUUUCCACACCCUCGUUUCAAUGCAGCUCUCACAGUCCAAGCCGACACAUUGUACAUCUAUGGUGGAACAUUCGAAAAAGGCGAUCGCGAGUUCACCUUUGACGAGCUUUUCGCGAUCAACCUCAACCAUCUCGAUGGGGUGACUGAGGUCUUCAAACGUGAAUUGGAAGACUGGCAAGGUAGCGAUGAUGAGGCAGACUCAGAAGAAGAGGAGGAGGAUGAGGAGGACUCUGAUGACGAGGAUGAAGACAAAAGCGAAAUCUCUACGGCUCCGACUAGUGUUGCAUCGCCGGCUACACCUGCAAAAGAAAUGCCUGACGAGGAUAUUGGCACCACAGAAGAGAUCUCUGCACUCACCGAUACGCUACCACAUCCGCGACCUUUCGAGUCUUUGCGCGAUUUCUACGCAAGAAGUUCGGACCAGUGGCAAAACAUUGUCAUCGAGGAGCUUACGAAGUCUGUUAAAGGAAUUGAGAAAACGCCAAAGGAAAUCAAGAAAGCGGCAUUCGACCAGGCAGAAGAAAAAUGGUGGGACUGCAGGGAAGAAAUCCGUGCGUUGGAGGAUGAACAGGAAGCAGCAGGUAUCGGAGAGGUUGUUAGUCUGGCUGACAAGGUCGAGAGUGCUGGGGUUGGAGCAAGGAGGCGAUAAACAUGAUAGCCACUUCCUCUGCCUUAUCGUCAAUGCAAAACAUCCCAGAUUGAAGAAAUACUUUUGUCAUCCUCUGUGAAUAUAUCAAC